UCUCUCUACACUUCACACUUUCCUUCUAAUCCACAACAUGGCCUCUAAUUACAACCCUGCCAUUACCUUCUCUGAAGUUCUCACGCUGCUCCUCCUUCCCUUGCUAACUGUAGGGGAGCUUGUACAGGAGCAACCACUUGUCCUCAAGUACCACAACGGUCAGCUGCUCAAGGGCCGCAUCACCGUCAAUCUCAUCUGGUACGGCACUUUCACUCCGAUCCAACGCUCUGUCAUCGUCGACUUCAUAAACUCGCUGAGCAGCGCGCCCAACGCGGCGCUUCCUUCCACUGCCACGUGGUGGAAAACCACGGAGAACUACAAGGGGGGAUCCUCUGCGCUGGUCGUAGGGAGCCAGAUUCUCCACCCGGCUUACACGCUCGGGAAAAGCCUCAAGGGGAACCACCUUCUCGCACUCGCCUCGAAGUUUAAUCAACUCAACUCGAUAUCGGUCGUCUUAACGGCUAAAGACGUCGCCGUCGAGGGUUUCUGCAUGAGCCGCUGUGGGACCCAUGGCUCUACCCGAAACGUUCGAAACGCUGCCCGCACCGCUUAUAUAUGGGUUGGAAACUCCGAAACGCAGUGCCCCGGGCAAUGCGCGUGGCCCUUCCACCAGCCGAUUUACGGACCCCAAACGCCACCAUUGGUUGCGCCUAACGGCGACGUCGGGGUUGACGGAAUGAUAAUUAACUUGGCUACCCUUCUUGCUGGGACCGUCACGAACCCUUUCAAUAACGGUUACUUCCAGGGCCCCCCGACGGCGCCGUUGGAGGCUGUUUCGGCUUGCACAGGGGUUUUCGGGAGCGGGUCGUACCCGGGAUAUCCGGGUAAGGUCCUGGUGGAUAAGGUGACGGGGGCGAGCUACAAUGCGCAUGGUGUGAAUGGGAGGAGGUAUCUGGUGCCAGCGAUGUGGGACCCUCAAAGUCUGAUAUGCAAGACUCUCGUGUGAGAGUUCCACGUGGCGUGGGAUGGUGUAGAUAUUGGUGGAUGGGUGCGGAAGCAGGGGAUGGAUAAUGGAUAAUGGAUAAUGGAUAACGGAGUGUGUUUCUAAAUUCUGAGCCUGCUUUUGUCGUUUAGUGUUACGUGUAAAUUGUGGUACUAAAGACUAUAGAGGAAGUGGAAUGUUGUAUAAAUAGUAAAUUAUGAAUAACGAAGAAUAAGAUUGAAAAAGGGAUAUCAUUAAUGUGAUAUAGAUAUAUUUUAUAUAUGAGAAGUUAGGUUGAUGGGUUUGUUUUGUGUAAUUUUAAGAAAAGGAAUCGAAAGUGGGUUUUCUUUUUUAUGAA